AUGGCCGAAAAUCAACUAAGAGCUGGACACGAUGAAACGGCGAACAAAAAGCAUCCUCGUAAUAGGGAAAAGAGUGAAGGAGGGAGUAGGAUAAUUAUCAUGUUAUUAAUGACCUUCUUGUUCUUCGUUGUCGAGAUUGGUUUUGGAUACUUAUCUAAUUCUAUGGCUCUUGUGGCUGAUUCUUUUCAUAUGCUUAGUGAUGUUUUAGCUCUCGCGAUCGCUUAUGGUUGCUUGAAAAUGUCUGUUAAGUCGUCAAAGAAAAAUACUUUUGGUUGGGUACGAGCCGAAGUUCUUGGUGCUCUCGUUAACGGUGUUUUUUUAUUAGCUCUUUGUUUUUCAAUAUUCAUUGAAUCUAUGACUCGCCUUAUUGAACCUGACUACAUAAGGAAUCCGGCGCAGGUUUUAGUCGUUGGAGUUAUUGGGCUUAUCAUUAAUCUGAUCGGGAUGUUUAUGUUUCACAGUCAUGGGCACGGGCACAACCAUGGUAAUCGCGAUGCGGUAGCUAGUGCAGAACCAAAAAGACUGGCUCAUGCGACGAUUGGUGAUCUGGAAAGCAAACACCUCAUGUCUUCUCAUCAGGAUUGUGCAAUGGCUUUGGCACAGUUGAAUGAAGAGGUUACAAUCGAUAUGGGGGAAUCAGAAAUUAUGCCAACAGGUGAUAUUGAUCCGGAUGAAGCUACUGCGAAAAAAAGCAAGCCGAAACAUGCUAAAGCUGCACAGCUCAACAUGCGUGGGAUUUUUCUUCAUGUCCUCAGCGAUGCACUUGGGUCCGUCAUUGUUAUUAUCAGUUCAUUGGUUUCUUGGCUUGUUCCUGGCCAUGAUGCUUUAAAACUUUACUUAGAUCCAGGACUGAGCUUAGCAAUGGUAUUUCUUUUGGUCGCUUCUACCUUACCACUGGUACGUGAGACCGCUCUAAUUCUUAUGCAGACCACUCCAGGCUUUGUUAAAGUAGAAAAAAUUCGAGAUUCUCUGUUAAAGGUGAAUGGGGUUCAAGCGGUGCAUGAGUUUCAUGUUUGGCGUUUAGUUGGAGAAAGAAUUAUCGCUACUGUGCACAUACGUUUUUCUGAUCUUAAAGCAUAUUUGGCUGCAGCUGAUGAAAUAAGGACAUUGUUUCACGAUAAUUCUAUUCACAGUACAACUAUUCAACCAGAGUUUAGUGAGAUGGACACAUUAGGGUCCGGCGGUUCAACUUGCGCUCUAGCCUGUCCGCCAGAUAACUGUUGGAGGACAGAUGUCACGUGUUGCAAGAGGUCCAGUAGCGAGAGCCCAACUUCAGCUAGUGAGCGCGAGACGACGGCUCAGAGCUCCUCAGGCCGUUUAUUGCAUUCUGCAUCGGCUGCAACUACUUCUGAAUGA